GUGUACUGUGCCCAAUUUCUUCUUCUCCUUCUUCUUCCUCCUUACCGGAAAACAGCCAUAGAAACAAAAACCAGGCCGAUCCCCUCUCAGCAGCAGCAGCACCAGCACCAGCACGACCCAGCAAUCUCGUCAAACAACAAAAACAAAAACUCAAGCUUCGGUCACCGUCUGUUCAGUUUCACUUCAAUCAUCAUCCCCUCUCUCUCUCUUUCUUCCAGGAAGCCAUCGAUUCUUUUCUUUAAAAAAAUUAAUACUUGACCGCCCUCAGCUUUCCUCGCCAAAGGGGGGCGAGGACCCAUAGCCGCAUCGGUCACGCUUCAAACAAGACGAGCGCCUUCGGGAGGGGCAUCGUCGGAUUCUAGAAAUCCCUCCACCCAAGCAACCAAAAACAAAAAACCAACAACACCCCUUCAAGGAACUCAUCCGACCUCUCCAAAACUCGACUAGGUGGUUCUUUCUUUCUUUUUUCUCUCUUUCGAUUCGAUUCUUCUUAAAGCAAUCAUCAUACAGAUGAACGGUUUCCCUCCUCGUUCAUCCGAACGACGCAAAACCAUAUCUGUCAACGACCAUCACCCUAUCGUAACCGAACAACAACAAGAUCCACUACCAUCGAUCCACUCCAACCCGACCAUCAACGUCUUCCGGUCGAUCUUAACGGAGAUCGAUACCUCGAAAUGCGAAGAGAACGGCGAGAAUGCGUUUUACGUCUGUGACCUGGCCUACGUCUAUCGACAAUACCUCCGUUGGCAGGAAGCCUUGGGGAACCGAGUCGAGCCGUUCUUUGCGGUGAAAUGCAACCCGGACAGCCUAGUGCUCAAGCUACUCGCCCAACUGGGUACGGGAUUCGACUGUGCAUCGCAUGCGGAGAUCGAGAUGGUGCUCAAGCUGGGUGUCGAACCUUCCCGGAUCAUCUAUGCCAACCCGUGCAAAGCCGGCUCGUUUGUCCGACAUGCGCAUGCCAAAGGGGUCCAGAUGAUGACGUUUGAUAACCAGGAUGAGCUGGAGAAGGUGGCCAAGUUUCAUCCGAACGCUCGCAUGGUCCUGCGGAUCCUCACCGACGAUAGCGGCAGUCUCUGUCGACUCGGCGAGAAGUUCGGCGCCCCCCUCGAGAACGUGCGCGGGCUAUUGGAGCGAGCCAAGGAGCUCGAUGUGGCCGUCAUCGGCGUGGCUUUCCAUGUCGGCAGUGGCUGCUCCAACCCAUUGCUUUACACCGAUGCCGUGGGGAGAGCCAAAUGGACCUUCGAACUCGGCCAGGAGCUCGGCUUCCACUUCGACUUCCUCGACGUCGGCGGCGGGUUUGGGGACGAUAACUUCGACCUCCUCGCCGAGGGUCUCCUGGUCGGGCUCGACAAGUACUUCCCCGUCGGUUGCGGGGUCCGGGUGAUUGCCGAACCGGGCCGUUACUUCGUCACUAGGGCUUUCGAGCUCGCUACUAAUAUCAUCGCCAGAAGGAAGGCUCCCACACCUCCUCCUUCUUCUUUGGUGGCCGUCACAGCGGAUGAGCAGGCCGACGAUCUGGCUUCCAAAGACCAACAGGAUUCUCCAGUGACGAUGUACUACAUCAACGACGGGGUGUAUGGGGCGUUCAACUGCAUCAUCUUUGACCACCAAGUAGUCGAGCCGAAGGUGUUGACGCUGGGCGGAGUGUUUUAUGGGGAUGGGUUUACGGAGACGGGAUACCCGAGUGGACCGAUGACGCCUUGUCUGUCGGAGCACGAGAUGGACUGUUCGACGGAUUCGGUGGGCUCGUUGAGUGUGACGUCGGCCCUCUUCGAGCGACCGAUUGGCCGCCUGGGAUCCUCGGGAUCUGGGUCGUCAGCCUUCUUGGUCGACGAACUCGAGCUCUGUAAGAUCUUUGGACCGUCCUGCGACUCCAUCGACCUCGUCUCCCCCGCUACCCUCCUCCCGACAAACCGGCUCCUCGUCGGCGACUGGCUCAGAUGGCCUAAUAUGGGCGCUUAUACGAUCUGCGCGGCCUCCCAGUUCAAUGGAUUCAAAAUCUCUCAGGUCGUCUAUACUAUUGGCGACCCGUCGGUGGAUGAGAAAGUCCGGCACAUCCUCCGCUCUUCUUCUUCCUCUGCCCUAUAACUCUCCUCCUUCUCUUUCCAUCUUCUUUUUUUUUGCUGUUGUUUUUUGUUUUGUUUUUUUGUAGGGUUUCUUACCUCUUUCAUCAUUCCUUUUUUCUUUCAAAAGUUGUUUAGUUUGAGAAGGAUUUUUUUUUUUUUUUUUUUUUUUUUUUGCUUUAUAUCUCUUGGUUAGUGUUUAUGAUGAUCAUCAUCAGCCUUGCUUUCUCUCAACUAUCCCAUUUUGGUCGGUCUGAUCUUGGAAUCACACUUUCAGCCACUAUAUGUGGGUGGGGAAAGAACCCAAAAACACAUCAUCUCUUGUGGGCCGUGUUGAUGGGAUCUUUCUUCGUCCAAACUCAACUAUUCAUUUGCUUUGCCUUCUCCCCCCCUGCUCUCUCUUUAUAUAAACAACAUAACCAAGCAUCACUGAAAAUACACCAUUCGAAUCCCUAUGCAUUCCCUUUAUUCUAUGUUUAUCCCUUUCAUUUCUUGGUAUGGAAGAUAUAUAUAUAUAUAUAUAUGGCUUAUGUUUUGGUUGCAUGCAACUUUCAAGAACUAUAUAAAAAAGACUAAAUUGUGAGGUGAUGAUUCAUGAUUAUUG